CUGCCAGAGAGUGCUCCAGCCCUCGCCCACUGGUGGAGGAUCUCUGUGCUGACUUGCUGCCACCUGCUGCUCAUUCUUUGGAAAGAGCCCACUUGGUUAACAAGCAGCAUUCAUACAAUCACUGCCAGAUCGAGUGCAGAAAGUAUUUGCAAUGGUGUAUCAGGUCUCCCACAAUAUUUACUGUUUUACUCCAGCUGCUGAAGUUGUAUGAAUAUAAAGGCAUCUCAGCUAUUAUUUGUAAAGAUAUGUUUGGGGUCUUCAAUAUGCUAAAGAAAUCUAGAAAAUCUGAAUCCUAUGGAUCUGUAAAACCAGCAAAAUAUAUUCUUUUAAAAAAGUUUUUUACCACAAAAAUAGGAGACUUUGUAGAUAUUACUCUGGAUCUUUCUCUGUUUACAGAGAAGCGGUUCUUCAGGCGUUCAAAAUCGGGUGACAUCCUUGCCAAGAACCCUGUGGUGCGAUCGAAAAGCUACAACAAUCCACUGCUGACGCCAGUGGCCGAGUAUGAAACCGAGGGCAUGGCUGCCAAUGGAACGGGCAUCCGAAGGCACUCUGUUUCAGAAAUGACCUCCUGCCUGGAGCUACAGGGGUACUCCAACCUCACCACCAUCAUGGACAACGGUUCCAAGAGCUCCAUGACAGCCACGAAAAACUCGCUGUCAGGAGACCAGGAGAGGCCCAGCACCGGCUCAGUGCAAUGCUCUAGCAAACUCAGCACAGUUGAGCAACAGAAAGGACUCUUCCACUCGAUGGACGACCCACGUAGGUCUUUUGAGCUGGACAGGGACCCUUCCUUGAUUCCAGUUCCCUCUUCCAGCCCUGAGAACAUAGUGGAUCAGAUUUUGGAGUCAAUGGACUCUGAUUCUGAAGGCAUUUUUAUUGAUUUUGGCCGAGGCUGUUCGAGUUCAUCAGCAUACAAUGUGGAUGUGAACAGACAGAGCAUCAUGUGAAGGACAUUGGGAGACAAACCUUGGGGUUUAAUAUUAUAUAUGAAAGUUACUAACGCAUUGAGUCGGACUAUGGACAAGCUAUAUAAGCCUCUGUUGCAGGUCAUCACAGCUGUACUGAAGUACACAAACACAAGUUUACAGCAGACAGGAAUCUGCUG